AUGGAAAGAAAAAUUGAAAAAUUAUGUCAUAUUAAUGAAGACCUAACUACUUUACAAAAUUUAGGAUAUUAUCAUAAAGAUUUUCAUAGUGGAAAUAUACUGCAAAAUGAAGUAGCUUCUUACGUUUCAGAUUUUGGAUUAACAGGACCAGCAGAUAAGCAAAAUUUGAAUAACAAAAUAUAUGGAGUAUUACUAUAUAUUGCUCCAGAAGUCUUGAAUGGAGGAUUAUAUACCUUAGCUUCUGACAUUUACAGUUUUAGU